AUGAUUCUGAAUUUGCCUUUUAACAUCGGAAUAGUGGCUUCAAAUCCCGCCAAAGCUGGCUUAGGCCAAACAACACUGCCCCUCAUCCCUGACGACCUGAAAUCCGCGUCGCACCAUAAUCUUGCGUCCCCGUCCGACCGGCGUGGUACUCGCACCGCCCAGUCCACCCCGAUGCACAGCCGCGAAUCCUCCGCCGCCCGAGGAAGAGCUAUUGACCCUUCUACACUCGCCCCCAUCCAGCCUAGGCGCGGUCAUUCCGGUUCUAAGAGCCCCGAUGUACCCGGCAGCCGACCAGGGUAUGAAGGAGGCUUAGAACGAAAACCCUCCAAUUCCUACGGGCAUCACCGGCAGACCUCCAUCGUCCACGGCGUUCAGCAUUCUCGGAAUACCAGCAUGGCUGGGUCGACUGCUUCAACAAGUCCUCUGAGCCCGGAGCUCAUCGCGUCUCUCGGACGCGGGGCAUUUGAUGAGGCUACCCUGCCGGCGAAAUUCGACCCUCUCGAUACACAUUCAGGCUAUUCAACACCCUCGGGGACAUCCGCAGCAUCCGCAGGCCAUGGGUUACCACCAACCCUCAGCCCGAUAAAGGACGCCGAUAGGGACAUCAUGGAUACGAGUCCCGCAGCUUUGCUUCACAAGCGAAUGAAUUCGGGAGGAAAAACAAGGAGGGAGAGAUCACACAGCCGCUCGCAGUCGAAACACUCGGAAUCCAAGACAGUGGGGGAAUAUGCGUUGCACCACCUGUUCAACUCCUUUGUGGGACAGGCGGAUAGCAAAAUAAACCAGGCUAUAAUGAAGCUGGGAGAAUCCCAAGCUCCCGUGGAAGAGGUGUGCGGCCCUGGAGCGGACCCAACGUUCGAUCAAUUGAUCUCAGCCCUCGGACAUAUCGCUCGACAAAAGCCCAAGCCGUUGAUCGACACUAUCAUGUUUUGGCGUAAGGCCAAAGGAGAUGCGGCUAUCACGGCAAGGCAGAUGACGAACGACCAAAAACCCUCGCCCGCCACAGAGAACGGUCCCUUGCUGCGUCGUAAUACCGAGCCCACCCAGCUCAUGGACCCUACCGCCACCGCAGAACGAUCGCAACCCUCGGCGCCCUAUGUCAGUCGUCCCGACGAUGUCGCUCUGGUCGAGCGACGGGCGACGGUUUCGGUCUAUUUAGUUUGUAGAGUUUUGAUUGAGAUCUUCAACCAGAGUAGCUUGGCCUCAAUAACCCUCGACAUGGCAGAUCGCCUGGAAGAUAUCGUUUUCGGCCAAGUGAAGACCUCGGACCCUGACCAGAUCUCGGCAUCUCCAUUACGAAUGGCGAACUGGAGAAUCUAUGGCCAGUUGUUAGGUAUCAUGAGCGAGUCCAACUUCUCCAAUGUCUCGGGGCGUUUCCUGGCGGAGCUUGACCGUUACCAGAAGGAGGAAGCAGCCCGGGGCCCCUCCCGUGAUGGAGAUUCCAAGGCUGAGUUACUAAUUCUCUGUAUGAGAUAUCUUCGCUUGCCCAUGUCACCCGAAGGAUGGCUCAAAUCGUGUGACUUCAUGCGGUCUCUGGCCCGCUUGUUUGUCAAUGCUCAUGGGCAGCGAAUCAAACAGGCGUACUGCUACGUGAUCGAGAAACUUCUCCUUCCUGUUGCGGCCAAUCCGAGUUGUGAUCUUUCACUGCCUCGCUGGAAGGAGUUCGUUGACUUGGUCCAGCCGCGCCUAGCCCAACUCCUUACCAAGCCACGCCACUGGGCCUCCUCAUUCUCGCUGAACGUUCUGCUGCUCUGCAUUUCGAACAAAGAGACCUUCUCCUCUCAAUGGCUGCCGAUGAUAUCUAGCUUACCUGCUCGGUUGAAGGACCGUCCAACUCGCGCACCGGCGCUUCACGCCAUCUGCCGACUGGUUUGGACAUACUUCUUCCGUUUCUCUGAUUCUCCUACAACCACACUUCGCAAGGUCGAAGAAGUGGCAAAAAUCGCCCUCCCAACCGGCCGGAGAACGUAUCUUAGUGCAGAGCCGGUCUUUGCCGAUCCCUUGAUACAGCUGAUUCAAAUCAUUGGCUUCAAGCAUCCGGAUGUUUGUUUCCGCAAUAUUAUUUUCCCUCUGAUAAACUCCGAUCUUUUCUUGUCGGGCAAGGAGUUGAGGAUAGAGCAGAUGGAACCGGAAAAGAUGGUCAUCGGAAUUCGUGCUUUCCUAGCUACCAUGUCUGAUUUGGAAACGAGUGACCAGCUGUGUCCUCCGAUUCCUACUGGCUCGCUACCUAACCCCUUUACAGAGGCCUCGACACCUCUAUAUUUCCAUCGUCCUCAGUUACUCAAGGAGCAUACCGUGGUAAAUACCACCGAAAAGCAAGACCCAACCUCGUGGCAACCAGUCAACACAGCAAGACUGAGUGAAAACGUGAAAGAAUAUUACUUCCGCUUCUGUGAAGUUCUGGGCAAGAUCACUUUGCUUUGCGAUAAUACAUUUGGCGGCCAAGCAGUUCUGGACGAGAAGUUCAGUGGAACUACCCCCAAAACGCCAAUCUCGGAAGCUUUCAGCUUCGGCCGCCGUGAUGACCAUGUUACCACUCUGGACCAGAAGCAAGGGUUCUACGACCUCCUCCAUGUGGCAGUUCAGGCCCUCCCCCGCUGUCUCUCCGAUCACAUCCCAUUUAACUCACUCAUCAACCUACUCUGCACAGGGACUGCACACGUUCAGUCCAACAUCGCCACUUCUUCGGCUCAGUCCUUGAAGGCCAUCGCACGGCAGUUGCAUGCCCAACAAGUUACAAUAGGAUUUGCCAGGUUUAUAUUCAACUUUGAUGAGCGUUAUUCUACCAUGUCAGAUGAGGGGAUGCUAGGCCCAGGACAUAUCGAGUCUACUCUGAGGCUCUAUGUUGAGCUCCUGCAGAUCUGGAUCAACGAGAUCAAACAGAAAACGAAAGGCGCAGCAGCAAUGGAUCAGCUAGAACGGUCUAUAUCGGGCAGCCGCGCACUACACCUUGAUCUAUCAAGCGUGCUUGCGCACGUGGAAGAGAUUGAGUCACACGGUCUCUUCUUUUUGUGUUCGCAAUCAAGACGGGUUCGAGCAUUUGCCAUCACGGUCCUUCGUCUGAUCACCGAAUUCGACAGCGCUCUUGGAAAAGAGAACACCCGCAUCAUUCGUAUUCUUGAGGCUGAUUCCCAGCAAAUCCUAGAUGUCAACGAUGAAAAUCUAACGGUUGCCGAGCGAAGCCGGAUCCAAAAAGGGAAACGACGGAGCGCUUCGCAAAAUACACUCAUCGAGCUGUGUAGCAGUGAAGUGUCUUACGACUCAACAUUGUGGGCCAAGGUCUUCCCCAACAUCAUUCGUGUCAGCUUCGAGACUUGUCCCUUUGCCGUAACACUGGGAAGGGAGAUUGUAUGCGCACGACUUGUUCAGAUGCACAAACUCAUUACGCAUUUGGCCGAAAGCAUACGCUUUCCCCAAUAUGGCUCAAUGGAUGCCUACCAGCCUCGUCCUGUUGGCAGAAGCAACGUAACAUCUGAGAUCCUGGUCGAGCAAUGGAAGCUUUACUUGGUCAUGGCAUGUACCACAGUCACCAACGUCGGGGCGCAGUCUCAAAGCCAACUGGCGAAUGCUCAACACGCACGCAAAGCCUCAAAAGGGGCUCACCAGUCUCAAGAUAAAAUUAGCUCUGCUCGGAGCUUGUUUGCAUUUGUCAUUCCGCUGCUUUCUGCUGAGCGAGACUCCAUCCGCAGCGCCAUUGUGGUGGCUUUAGGAUCCAUCCAUAAAAAUCUCUAUCGCACACUUCUUGAGUCGUUGCAGUAUGCUGUCACGACCUGCAACGAAGAAGCAAAGAUGCGAAUCGGCAACCACUUCCGGAGUCCCAGCAGUCCUCGUCGAAACAGAAAGACGGACCGCCUACGUACCGAAGUCACCAACGUUUACAAACUUACGUCCCACUUCCUUCAAGAGCCAGAGGUUUACAACGACGACUGGAUCGUCAAUAACCUUGCCACUUACGCAAAGGAUAUUCGGAUCUUUUUGAGUGACGCCGAGGUUCAAAAUGACUGGGAAUUCCAGCGCCUGCGCUUCCAUUAUUGUGGACUUAUGGAGGAACUAUUUGAAGGCAUCAAUCGCGCCAAAGAUCCUUCUCGCUGGAUGCCUUUCGAGUCUCGAAAAUCCGCAUUUUCUCUUAUGGAAGACUGGUGCGGCUACUCACCUAAUCAAGCCCAGAUAUCAGAGAGAGAAGAAAACAUGCGGAAAUUCGCUAUGGCACAGCCGCACGAGACUGGCGAGAUGAGAAACACUGCUGCUGCUAUGGAAAUCGAGAAGAAGAACCUCCGGGCGGCAGCUUUGAGUGCAAUGGCUUCCCUUUGUGCUGGCCCCAUCAGUAUUACCACCGAGAGUGGCUCUGUUCUCCAAUUCGACGUCAGUCGCAUGCUCUCAUGGCUUGAGAUCAUUUUCAACUCCGUCACUGACAAAUGGCACGCUAUUGGUCGCCGUGCACUCAAGAAUCUUAUCGUACACAACCAGGAGCACUCAUAUCUGAUGGAGCGAUCUAUUGAAAUGUGCUAUGUAACGGAGCAACCAAAGACCAUCGAGAGCUACAUUGAAGUGGUUAGCCAGGUUCUUUUCGAGUACCCAAGUUACCCUCUCAGAUUCUGGAGAAUUCUGGGAGCCGUUUUGGUGACUUUGGGCAAUGAAAAACGUGAAAUUCGAAUGAAGUCCGCUAAACUUCUGCGGAAGCUCGAAGAGCGACAGCAAAAGAACUCCCGACUCCAGGACUUUGAUAUCAGUAUCUCAGACAAGACCACCGCGGUGUACAAACUUGCCCAAUUCGAGAUUUCGAAAAGACUAGCAAGCCAGCACUCCGACCUGGCUUUCACCAUCUUCUCUGAAUUCUCUUUGCAUUUCCGCAAUCUAAAACCCGAUAGCCAGCGUAACAUGGUUGCCGCUAUCUUGCCGUGGGUUCAGACGAUGGAGCUCCAGGUUGAUCCUAAUGGCGGCCCCACAGCCAAGUCAUACAUGUUGCUGGCUAACUUGUUCGAAAUUACCAUUCGCUGCAGCACAAUUUUGCCAAAUCAGGUACAAGCAUUGUGGCAGGCCUUGGCGACAGGCCCCCAUGGGGGCAAUGUGCAGUUAGUCCUUGAUUUUAUUAUCAGCAUAUGCCUGGAGCGCAAAGAGCAGAAUUUUGUGGAAUACGCUAAACAGAUGGUCGUUUUCCUUUCUGGUACGCCGGCUGGAUCAAAGGUCAUCGAGUUCUUCAUGUUGCAAGUUGUGCCGAAGAACAUGGUGCAAGAGCGGAAAGACUUGACUCCACCUCCUUCAGAUAUUACCAGUCUACCUUACGUCGCAGACCUUGGGACGGUGCUACCAGUCGGAAACAAGCAAGCAGGUCUUUCUCUUGGACAGGUGGCUCUAAUAUUCCUUGUUGAUCUCAUGGUUACCCCGGUCACCCUGGCCCUCGAGGAUGUUGUCAAGCUCAUUCAUAUUGUACUCAUCCUGUGGGAUCAUUACACGGUCACUGUGCAGGAGCAAGCCCGUGAGAUGCUGGUACAUCUCAUUCACGAGCUCAUAGCGGCCAAACUUGCAGAUGAUGCCCCAGCUGGCGCCCGGCAAUCUGUGGAGGACUUCGUGGAGUCAAUUCGUAAGAGUGACCCUGCUGUUGUCUGGGAGUAUGAAGAAAACCAUGGCAAAGAUGAAGAGUCUGACGAUCGUCGGGUGCCUGCUUCUAUGGCAUUCGUCACCCGUGAUGUUGUCAGAUUUUUCAGCUUUGCCUACGAAGGCGUUGGUGAUUUGUGGGCCAAGGAAGCCUUGAACUGGGCCACCUCGUGCCCAGUGCGACACCUGGCAUGCCGGUCCUUCCAAAUCUUCCGUUGUAUCUCAACGUCGUUGGAUUCGCGAAUGCUCGCGGACAUGCUUGCCCGUCUCUCAAACACCAUUGCAGAUGAGGAGACAGACUACCAAACCUUCUCAAUGGAGAUUCUCACAACCUUGAAGAUUAUCAUCAGCUCACUAGCUCCCUCUGACCUUCUGGACUAUCCUCAAUUGUUCUGGACAACUUGCGCUUGUUUGAACACAAUCCACGAGACAGAGUUCACUGAAAGUAUCGGCAUGCUUGAGAAAUUCCUCAGCCGUGUCGACCUCAGCGAUCCAGUCGUAGUGGCCAAGCUUAUUGAGGGCCAGCCACCUAAAUGGGAAGGUGGAUUUGAUGGUCUACAGGACCUGGUUUUCAAGGGAAUGAAAUCAUCGGAGUCUUUUGAUCGCACACUCGAUCUCCUGCAUCUCCUAAGUGGUCUGCCUAACAAUAACCUCAUUGGAGAUGGAACCCGCCAGCUCUUCACAGUGCUGGCAAAUUUGCCGCAUUUCCUUCAAAGUUUUGAACAAAACUUCAGUGAUUCCAAACCCAUCGCCCGUGCCGGUCUACUCGCUCGGGUUGCCGAGAGCGAGCGAUGCCCCAGGCUGGCAGCUUCGCUGUUCGGAUUUGCGAAUCAGCAGUAUAAGACCGCUGGCGUCUUUCUUGAUCAUAUAAUCACUGAGAUAAAGUUAUACUAUUUCCCUCGCCUUGAUUUCCAGUGUUUGAUCUUCCUCAUGGGCCUUUUGACAAAUACCACGGAUUGGUUCCGGAUCAGAGUGAUGCGGAUUCUCUGUGUGCUGAUUCCUGAAGUGGAUAUGAGACGCAACGAAGUGACCUGCCACGGUCCUGACUUGAUCUCUCCUCUACUCCGGCUUCUGCAGACUGACCUCUGUCCCCAGGCCCUUGAGGUUCUAGACCACAUCAUCACCGUGUCUGGAAACCCAAUGGAGCGCCAUCAUCUUCGUAUGAGUAUGGCAUCAUCAGCCUCCUCUCGCGCAAUUCGCAAAGAGUAUGAAAGGAUCCAGAGUCUAUACGGGAUUCCCGAGCCCACGGGCUGGUCGGUUCCCAUGCCUGCGACACAGUCAAGCAUGACCAGGCACAACGUUCAUGCUGUGUUCUAUACCUGUGUAGAGGCCGAAGACAUGCAAGACGAGGAUGUGAUGACUCCAGGUGUUGCAUUCCACGCAGAUGAGUAUAACAGCAGCGAUUCAUUCUUCCCCAUGAGAGCCGAUACCAUGAAGUCGAUUGAUACGCAAACCGAUGGAAACAUGGGAGAUCUUGUGCAGAAGCUGGAUAGCUUAGAUGACUUCUUUGAGGAGACCGAUCCCACAACUCCAGUUCUAAACCCUGUUGCCCCUCCUAUGUUGCGAGGGUUCACAGGCAGCUACGUGGUAGAUACAAACGCCCAUCUCUACGACCAACAGACUGCGCCAAUCUUGAGGAAGUCUCUUGCUCGCACGGGAUCUACAUCGUCUUUCCACAACGGUCUCGCCGAGUCUCGUGCGCCAAACUUCCGCUUCGAUGGUCCCGCUCCAUACUCUCCGAUCAGUGCAGUGCCCCAAAACCCUGCACAACUGUUACGCCCGACCUCCCAUACCCGAUCCGUCACUUCCCCUGCCAACAACCUUUACCUUCACACUGCGUCCGGUGCACCUCAUGCCACCCAAGCCCUUGGACUGAGCGACUCUGCCUUCCUGUCCGACGAAGAGCCGGAUGAGGUGCAUUCAGAUCUAGAAGAACGCCCGGUGAAUAAACGAUUGCAUCCACUUCCCGUCCCCAUGGUCCGCAGCGCAACUGACGGGUCACAUUCUCUGGAGUCGAUGAUUCGCAGCGGUAUGCGGAGGCUGACUGGUGGCGCUGCCAAUAGAGAGAAGGAGCGGCAGCGUGAUCACCUCCGUGCGCAGCAUCGCGCCGUUGUUCAAACAGCCAACUCACCUCGUGUGCCCAAGGUGCCCGAGGAGUAUCUUUCGACACCAACCAGCCAUCCGGCAUCACCUCGCAUUGGCGUUCUACUCGUAUGUCCGCAUUCAGCAGCUCAACUUGAUUGCUACGCUAUGAGUCUUCGAACAGCAUUGGCUCUCCCACGGAGGGCGAAUGCCCUCCAUGCUUCUGCAGUGGAUCUCCGACGCUGGCCGUCCAGCUCGGCCCGAGCUUUCUCCACGACCAGGCAUCGUGAUGCGACGUGGGGCUUUGUUGGGCUAGGCCAAAUGGGGUACAAUAUGGCUAAAAACCUCCGCGCCAAGAUCCCCGCAGAAGAUACCUUAAUUGUGCGUGACAUCAACGAAGAUGCGAUGAAACGGUUUGCCACUGAAGCCCAAGAGGCUGCACGCAGCAAUGGCGCCAGCGCCAGUGAAGGGCAGGUCGAACUUGCCGAAAAUGCGCGCGAGGUCGCAGAGAAAUCGACAGUAAUGGUCACCAGCCUUCCAGAAUCUCAGCACGUCAUCGAAGUUUACCACUCGAUCUUGAAACAUGGAACACUUCCACCUCUCGACCAGGAACGCCUCUUCAUCGAUACAUCUACUAUUGAUCCGGUCACUUCCAAGGACAUUGCCAAUGCUAUCCACACCACCCAGACCGGCCGGUUCGUUGACGCCCCUGUAUCAGGUGGUGUGGUUGGCGCCCGAGCCGGAACUUUGUCCUUCAUGUUCGGCGCCUCUUCGCAAUCGAAGGAAUUGCUCGAGCGUGUCCGUGGCGUCCUGGCAUUGAUGGGCAAGAAAGCCUGGCAUCUUGGAGAGCCCGGUGCUGGAGUAUCUGGCAAGCUAGCCAAUAAUUACAUAUUGGCCCUAAACAACAUCGCCACUGCUGAGGCUAUGAAUCUCGGUGUUCGCUGGGGUCUCGAGCCCAAAGCCUUGGCUGAAAUGAUCAAUUCGUCGACCGGCCGAUGCUGGCCUUCCGAGGUCAACAAUCCUGUCCCCGGUGUUGUCGAGACGGCCCCGGCGUCGCGUGGAUAUGAAGGCGGUUUCGGAGUGAGCCUAAUGCACAAGGAUCUCCGAUUAGCUCUUGCGGCUGCGAAGGAGUCUGGUACUCCUCUCGCCCUAGGAGCCCAGGCCCGCGAGGUUUACAAGGAUGUUGAGGAGAAACACCGUGGAAAAGAUUUCUCGGUGGUCUAUAAGUGGCUGCAGGAACAGUCUGAAUAA